AUGCUGGGAGUCGGACUGAGCAGGCUGGGACACGGGCUGCUGGGACCGGUCAGGGCGUACUGUGCCAUGGCUUCUGCAGGGAAAGGACUCAUCUUCAGACAGGUGAGUGACACUGGCAGACCUAUCACCCUCAGCCAGCAUGGCAGACCUAUCACCCUCAGCCACAGCCAGCAUGGCAGGCCUAUCACCCUCAGCCACAGCCAUCUUGGCAGACCUAUCACCCUCAGCCAGCAUGGCAGACCUAUCACCCUCAGCCACAGCCAUCUUGGCAGACCUAUCACCCACAGCCAGCAAGGCAGAUCUAUCAGCCACAGCCAUCAUGGCAGGCCCACCACCCUCAGCCAGCCCACAGUGGAACUUGCAGGCCACAAUACAUUUACUUUAAUCUGUUUAUCUUCAUGUUACAAUGCUUAGAGACUCUCUUUAUCCUGAUGGGGUAGGGGUACAUUAUAAUGUAUUUGUGUGUAUACAGACUCCCACUCCUAUAAUGCACAGCCACACAAAGACCCGAUCUAUAAGGGCCAACAUAUUGGCAGAGUUAUUAUUUUUUUAUGUACAGACUGGGUAACCAUUGAUACUGAUAUAAGGUUAUCACUGCCUUGUAAUGGCUGGCUAGGAAUGAUGAGGGGCUGCAGUCCACACCAGAUGCAUUGGCUUCCCUGUCCUGCAAUCCCUUAACACAGGCUUCCCCAAACUCCGUCCCUCCAGAUGUUGCUGAACUACAACUCCCAUGAUUCUGUGAAUGAAAUAGAUAGGCUGAGAAUCAUGGGAGUUGUAGCUAAGCAACAUCUGGAGGGCCGGAGUUUGGAGAAGCCUGCCUUAACACCUCCAGGAGCCCCAUCCAUAUAUCCUUCUCCUGUUUAGUCCUCCAUGAUAGCGUCUGUAUUGGGUCAAGUCUUUGAUGAGCCAAUCAUGUCCUUGAAAGAAGGUGGCUCCCUAAAAAUAUUGUCUGUUGACUUCUAUAGCUUUGGAAAAACAUGGAUAUAGUGAGUGAACAUUUGAAUGUCACACAGAUGGCAAUCUGCAGAUCAUUGAUAGUAUUUGUGACAGCUAAUGUUGUGCCUAGACAUGAUGGGAGUUGGGCUUCUGCAGGACCAGAAAUCCUGUCUCUGCAAAAUGUAUGAACCAUGCAUCUGGGGCAUUUAAAGAAGUUAACUUAAUAUGUCUGCGUAUAUUAUUGUUUAAGAUAUUUAAAAAUAAAAAAGUAAAUUUAUGCAAAAAAUACAAACCUACUUCAUGUUGUCACUGUACAUGGGGACGUGUUAUCCGGUCUGCCGCAGUCACCUUAACAACCUAAAGCUGUUUGAAGAGCUAUUUCUGGGGCUUAUUUACAAAAAGUAAGAAUUGGGGAGAAUUAAAAAGGUAGGCCAAAGUAACCAAGCAGUAAUGAUUACUGAGAUAGACAUUUGUUUUUCCUCCUAUACAGCUACCUUGGCCUAAAACUCACAACUAUUUUGACAAGAAAAUAACCGUAACAGCCGAAGGGUUAGGUCCCAGCUGAUUUAAAAUCACAGCUCCUAUGAUGCUUUGUUGACCAUAGCACCUGCAGAGCUUAAUGGGAGUUGCAGUUUUGCGAGAGCCCUUAGUGUAGACUGUUACAUCAGAUCUCUGUUGGGUUUUUUUUUUUUAAUUGUGAAAGCUUUUACGUUUGUGUGGUUUUGCAGAGGAAGUGAGGUAAUAAGGGGGAUAUGAACGUAAAAAUGUGGCAAUAUCCCGGUUAUUCACUAAAGUGAGAAUUAAAGAGACUUUAAAGUGAAAUCAAUCUGUAUUUCAAAUUUAAGGGCAAAAUAGACAAACACGAAAAAUUCUCUAAGUCAUUUACGCUUAAAUUCGGUUGCCUUGGCCUUCAAUAUGAAAUUUACUUUGAAUUCUCUGUAAUUCUCACAUUAAUGUAUAAUGUUGUUUCCAUGGAGCUGGACUGAGUGAUCCUUUCCAGGAUUUCCUUGUAGCUCCAGAGGGUACACAUUCUCCAGCAGCUGAUAUCUUAACAGCUGGGGGGGGGGGAGACAAACUUCGCAGAGGAUUUUGCGGAAGCAUGAGUUAUUUUACAACAACAAAUCUAUUGUGUCAUCAGUUACAGGGAUAAACUGGCAUUACAUGGCAUUAUUACACCCAGCGUAUUGAUCUUGAAACUUAAUUAAAAUCCUCAUAGUAAAGGAGUUUAAGCAUGCGUGGGAUAGGCAUAAGGCUAUCCUGACUAUAAGAUAAGACCAGGGAGUAAUGAAAGUAUUUAGAAAAUUGGGCAGACUAGAUGGGCCGAAUGGUUCUUAUCUGCCGUCACAUUCUAUGUUUCUCAUUGUUAACAUUUUCAAAUUUUAUCUCAAAUAUGCCUGCAGCGCGCCAGUACAGAGCUGCUCACCGUGUGCUGGUCCUGUCAAGCUGUUGAGAAAUGUAUCCAAUCCUUUGAGGCUUCCAAGAUCAGAGAUAGAAGUAUCACUACGUAGAGUAACACUUGUUACAUCAUCAUGCACGUUAAAAAAUAAAUAAAAAAAAUCAGUCCUAUCACUUAGGGGUUUUACAUGUAUUAUUAUUAUUUUAUUUUUAUAUAUAUAUAAUUUUUUUUUAAACCCCCCCCUUCCCACCCAGGAUGUAUUGAGAUGGCUGGCAGGUGAGGCUGAAGAUUUACCUGUAGUUCUUCCUUGAAGGUUCUGUUGUCUUCACUGCGCCAAACACGUUAGGAGCCACGUCGGUGUCAUAGUCUACUCUAGCUCAUGCCUGAGAGUACAACAGAUGUUUAUAGAGGGAAAACUACAGGCUCCUCUAGAAUCCGUCAUAGACCAAAACUUGUCAAGCUCCAGAAAAUGCUGGUUUUACCCCUGGUAGCAACACUAAUGGGAAUGGACAAAAUGUGACGGCGGACACACUGCCUUUUCUCAAGUUUUGGGAACUCCGGUUUUGUCUACUUUGUCCUAUGAUGUCUUUUUGAUUGUAUUGGAAUUUAGUGGAAUUCCAGCAUAUUAGGUAUGACUAAAUAAAGAUUUAUAUUUGUCCUACAAUGUUUUCCAAACACGAUCUCAUUUUGACUUUUACAUUUAUAUCCGUAAUCCGAGAUAAGAUUGAUCAAUAGUUGAAUAUCUUCUUUCCAAUGUUAUUUUUUUUUUUUUUUAUAUUUGAAUUAUUUCACUUUUCCAUUAGAUUGCCAGUUUCAGCAAUAUUGCAGUGUGGUACUGAAAAGGUUAAUGACUGCUUUUCCAUUAUUUGCAUUUAAAAAACACGAUUAAUUGCUGCUUUAAAUUCAAUUCAGAUUUCUCUUUAUACAGCUCCUCUCGACUGUGUGUUAAGUUGUGCGCAUAUUUAAAAUUACCGUCACCUAACGCUUCGCUCUUUCCUGCAGUUGUUUGAACCAGUCAGUUGUACGUACACUUAUCUUCUUGCCGAUGAAAAGACUAAAGAGGCCGUUCUGAUUGAUCCAGUGCUGGAAAAGGCUGACCGAGAUGCCAGGCUAAUCAAAGAUCUAGGUCUGAAAAUGAUCUAUGCAGGUAUGAGCCCUACCGAGCAUUGACUUUAACUCUGUGACGCUGUAUAUGAUAACCACAAAAUACCCAAAUCGGUUUUAAUCAAAUGCCAUACAUACCGCUCUUUGUCUGUUGUCCAUCUCACAAACCUUUGCCAGCAAAAUAAUUUUUUUGGGGUGUCUGCUUUAAACUGUCGUUAGGUACACCCAAACCACUGUAAGAAGGUCAGAAAUAGCUCAAGGAAUAUUGUACUGACCAUCGUUGGUCCUCCACCAUAGUCCACUAUCCUGGCCAGUUUUAGAAGCUGAGCUGCUUUACAGGCGUAGAAAGACCUUGCAGUUAAAGGAGGAACGCUAAGUUACACAAGCACUGUAGUGGCUAUGACGCUGUCUUAUUUUUUAUUUUAUUUUCUGAAGGAAGGGUUGCCCCAAACCAUUUAGGGUCAGUUUGGCAAACACCAUGUCUGCCUCCUCUCUAGCUGACUUGAUAAUUGAGAAUUUACACUUCUGCCUCCAAACUAGAUCACAAUGAGGAGACUGUCACUUUAGGCCAGGGAUAGGCAACCUUCGGCUCUCCAGAUGUUGUGAACUACAUCCCCCAUAAUGAUGGCAAAGCAUCAUGAGAGUUGUAGUCCAAAACAUCUGGAGUGCUGAAGGGUGCUUAUCCCUGCUUUAGGCUAUCAGUGCAUCAGAUCAGCAAUGAUGCCUCUCAUUGGCUUUCACCAAAUUUUUAAAUAAAAAAUAAAAUAAAACAUCUCAGUUUCUAAGGUUCGCUACCUCAAGCCCAUUUCUUCUUCUUUUUUUUUAUUUUUAUUUUUUAUUUAUAACUCCUGAAUAACUUUUUUUCCCACAAGGAGAAAACCCUAUAUGAAUAAUAUGUAACCAUGACUGUUUGAUACAAUGAUAAUAUAUAAAAUAUGUUACAGCUGACAAACAGAACACAGGGAUGUGGAAUAUGGGAAGACAAUCUAUUUGUCUGUCGCUAAUUCCAGCUUUGUAUGAACUGCAGUUUUUUACUGGGUACAAAGUAUGGGUUCAUAAACUAUAAAAGCCACAUAUACGGGGCAAUUAUAGAGCUGUAAUCAAACCAUUAAUUUAACGAGCUCCUGUAGUAAUCCUAUGGCUGUCACCACUGCUGUUACCUCUGGUUGAAUCCGAGACUCGUCAUUCGACUGAAGUUGAUAUUAAAAGCUCUGACUCUGUAGUGAGAUUAUAGGUUAUCUGGCAAACGCACAUUUCUUUAUAAUGUAAUCAAACAGAACAUGAGGUCAAAUAGAAUAUUUACAGUUUGCAUAUUAAUAGCAGACAAACCAUUACUGACUUUUCAGACUUUUUUUUUAUUUUUUUAUUUUUUUGAGACAUUGGAGAAAAAUAUAAGUGAGAAUAAAUUAUGUUAAAUCUUCGUGUAGCCGAUAAAAUAAAGAGUAAUGGACUCCAUAAUUCCCAGAUAUUAGGCGUAAGGGUUAAUAGAAUAUAUAUUUUUUUGCACUGUUUCACACUUGCCAGUAUGAUUCAGAGCGCCUCGUGCACCACUUUGGCACCUGAACAUUUAUGGGUUUAUUCUAAAGUGAAAAUUCAAAAUGAAUUUCAAGCUUAAGGCCAAAAUAGUCGAAACUGAAAGCAUAGUUAACAUGGAGAAUGAUUCCAGUUUGGCUAUUUUGGCCUUAAAUUUGAAGUGCACUUGGAAUUCUCACUUAAGUAAAUAACCCUGAUGAUUUUUUAUUUUAUUGCUCUCAAUGUUUUAUGGUAAGCUGAAGUGUUUGAAAUAUACAAGGUCAUUUCCCCUACAGAAGCAGAAUGCUGGGGCAUUUCAUACCCCCCAAAUGCAGAUGCUUCUAAAAGUACAGAGGGUCUACUUGCAUAUUUCUCCCAUAAUCUGUGUACAUUUUGUAACCUGUAAUCGGAGACUAGUGUAUGUGCUGAAUCAAAUCUAGCCAUUAGGUGGUAACAACACCAAGUGGUGGGGCAACUAUAAUUGACAAUAGAAUAGUCAGACUUUGUCCUUCGUAAUUUUAAUUAGUCAUAAAAAUGUUGUAAUCUCUUUAGAUUAUGCUCUGUGAAAUUGACGACUGCUUGUAAAGUUUAAACCUGCAGUACUAGCUACUUGGCAGUUUGAAGGGGGACAAGUAUUUUCGUGUUUCCUGUCAUUGAAGUGCGCUCACAUGAGGCAUGACCGUAAACAUUGCUCAAUAAAAUCACUCUUUAAACUGACAACAUACUAUGGGAAAUGGGAGGAAAAAUAAGAAAAGCAUAUCCUCACAGAGAUGAAUUGAAUCAAUGAAUCUCUAUGAGGAAAGUUCAGUGUCUGCAUGCAGAGGGAGGAGAUACUGAAUGUUUUGAUGCAUUUUAGGCAGCCAUGACCAAGGAAGGAUCUCUAACAGCCAUCUGAGGAGUGGCCAGUGAAGUUAUCACUAGGCUGUAAUGUAAACACUGCAUUUUCUCUGAAAAGACAGUGUUUACAGCAAAAAGCCUGAAGGUAAUGAUUCUACUCACCAGAACAAAUUCAAUAAGCUGUAGUUGUUCUGGUGACUAUAGUGUCCCUUUAACCCUCUCUAAUAUAGCCACACGCAGAAAAUGGUUUGUCUGGUCCAAGUGACCUCCACGUUUUAUAACCUAUAUACAGGGUUAUUACCUAAGGCCAGAGAAGCCGAACGGAAAGCAUAGAUCCGUUACAGAAUAUUUCCAAUUUAUCUAUUUUUGACCUUAAAUUGAAAUUCUCAUUGAAUUGUCACUUUAAUAAUUACCCUGAUGUCGACAGUUAAGCUAGUAAUAACAAAAUAUGUCCGGCAGACUGUAAGUCGCUCUGUUUUCUCGUUCUUUGUGUCUCCUUUGGUCACUGCUGUUUAUUUUCUUCAGUAGUCUUUUGAACGGUCCCAAAAUAGAGAAUGUUGAACAAACCUAUUGAAAAGGUGCUCCUAAGACGACCCAUUGUUCUAUGUAAAUGUAUAUUUGAAACCCGUGACCAGCCCUCCUUGUGUAACAGGGUAACAGAACUGCAUGAAUGUCUGGUGGAGAGUUCUGUGAAUAUGGGGUUGUGUACAGUUCGUAACUGUUCUGUGUUAUCGAUGUAACAAUUCUCUUCUUAUUCGUUUCCAGCUAAUACGCAUUGUCACGCUGAUCACAUCACGGGGACCGGGGUUCUGAAGAAGCUGCUCCCAGGGAGUAAAAGCGUUAUUUCCAAGGACAGCGGGGCUAAAGCGGACAUCCACAUACAGGCGGGUGACGAAAUCAAGUUUGGGAAUUUUGUAAGUAUUCGCCCCCUAUGUGUGCCACUUUCUUCUAGGAAAGAUUUGAUUGUAGUUCUUUUAGUUUCCGUCUCGUACCUAUAAUACAAAACUGUGAAAACUGUGCCAUCAGCUGAUUACAACUCCCAUGAACAUAUGCUACCCAACUGCUUUGGUUUUUGGAUGGUUCCCCAGCUGUUCGCUGACUAAAACUCCCAUGAGCCUUUGCUAACCAUUCGUUAUGUUUGUGACUAAAAGAUUUAUGGGUGUUUAGUCUGCUAUAGCUUUGCUGUCAUGUAAGGCAUCUUCUCUGGACACUAAGUGUUUUGCUUGUCAGCAUGACACAGCUUUAAGUGAGCAGACUGGCUUAACGUGUCCCAUCCGCCUUUACGCUAUAUACAAGAAGAAGCUUCAGGCACUUAAUACAAAGCAGUUUGUAUUGGAUUAAAAUGCAACCUAAACAGUGGUCUUUGUCAAGCCUGUACUUUAUAAUGCUACAGAAGUAGCUGAUGAUUACUUAUAAGUUAGAGCAGAGCUUGUCAACCCACCCAUUCAUGCUCUUCUUGAACAAUUCUCAACCUUAGCCAGCCUUUGCAUUUCAAACUGACACACUGCAUGACAUGUCUUUCCUAAUUUAUCAGUCUGUCUGACUGGGAGUCAUGGUCUUUGAAGUCCAACAAUAUCUUUAUAGUAUAAUACUUCCUCCAGGUUUAUCAGAGGGAUGUCGCGCAUACAUUGGACUGCUACUGGGGCAACUGCAAAUCAGCCCACUAGCAUAAAGGGGUUAUGGGCUGCAGUCUCAUAGUAACAUUUGUGUGCUGAUCAAAAGCAGCUGGCGGUGUAUUGGAUGUCUGCUGACCGUUUUCUGCAAAAAUGAUUGUGCUGGGGCUGGGUGAUUACAAUCUUGCUGCUCUCCAGCCUUAGACUGACCCAUAUUUUCUUGGGCGUAGUGGGGGGGGGGGAAUGAGAUUAUUCAUAUAUAUUAUAUUAUACCCCCCAAAAAAAUCUAUUAAUAUACAAACCAUUUACAAACCUGUAUUCCACUUGGGAGUCCCUCCUAUUAUUAUUCUGAAUGAAGCCCAGAGCAAUUCUAGAAUUAGCCCGAAUGAAACAUUUUAAUCACAAGUGGUCAGCAAGUUGAAAAUCAAUGUAAAUUAACAAAUAAUAGAACUAAGAUCCCUGGACCGCCUUUUUUUCUUAGGGGCUAUAUGAUUUAUUUUCUGUUGAGCAUAUUACAAGUUACAAGCUUAUCAAGUACAUCACAAUAGAGCAUCGAUUUUUCAAAUAGCCAAUAUCCAAAUGGUAUGUAAACAAUAUCUGUAAGACAUUGCUUUGAACAGAGAGUGAAGAAGGAAUAAAAGUUAAAAGAGGAAUCUCUGCUCAGGAUAGGUGGAAAGAAGUAUAAUAGUUAUCUAAUGCUCUUGUCAUUAUUGAAACUGACAUAUUAAAUUGACAGGAGAAUUAAAGUCCUAAAUAUCUAAACAAUGCCCUGCCUUUUCUCUCUCAGGCUUUGGAAGCACGAUCCACCCCUGGGCACACAGACGGCUGCCUCACAUACGUGUUGAAUGAUAAGAGUAUGGCUUUCACCGGAGACGCGCUCCUGAUUAGAGGCUGCGGACGCACCGAUUUCCAGCAAGGUAUGUACUAAACACACAGGUACAAGACAUAUUCAGGAACACGGUCCGUUAUUUAGAGUACAUUGCUUUGGGAUGUACUGUUACUGAGCCUCCUGUAUUUUAUUGUAAGUGUUAUGUUUGCAGGUGUGUGGAUUGACAUGACAGAUCUCACCUUUCAGUGGAGAUAGUUAUAAAAAGUGUAUUGUACACAGCUGACCGCGUGUGUGUCUCUAUGGGGUAUUUACGGUGCUUAGAGCUCCGUGGACUGCUAUUUUAAAUGGAGCUUUGUGAGAUACUUGUACACAGCACACAUUACUGUUGAGUCUUAUUGCAGUGGAGCUCUAUCGAACACUCAUAAGAAAUUUCUGUAAAAAAAUUGUUUUGCAGUGGAGCUCUGUGAAACACUCACACUGCACCUUACUUUGGAGUUUUAUAGCAGCGGAGCUCUUUAUCACACUCAUACACACUGUACAUUGCUGUGAGUUUUAUAGCGGCGGAGCUCUGUAUCACACUCACACUGUACAUUGCUGUGAGUUUUAUAGCGGCGGAGCUCUGUAUUACACUCACACACACUAUACAUUGUUGUGAGUUUUAUAGCGGCGGAGCUCUGUAUCACACUCAUACACACUACAUUGUUGUGAGUUUUAUAGCGGCGGAGCUCUGUAUCACACUCAUACACACUAUACAUUGCUGUGAGUUUUAUAGCGGCGGAGCUCUGUAUCACACUCACACACACUGUACAUUGCUGUGAGUUUUAUAGCGGCGGAGCUCUGUAUCACACUCAUACACACCAUACAUUGCUGUGAUUUUUGUAGCGGCGGAGCUCUGUAUCACACUCACACACACUAUACACUGCUGUGAGUUUUAUAGCGGCGGAGCUCUGUAUCACACUCACACACACUAUACAUUGCUGUGAGUUUUAUAGCGGCGGAGCUCUGUAUUACACUCACACACACUAUACAUUGCUGUGAGUUUUAUAGCGGCGGAGCUCUGUAUCACACUCAUACACACUACAUUGUUGUGAGUUUUAUAGCGGUGGAGCUCUGUAUCACACUCAUACACACUACAUUGCUGUGAGUUUUAUAGCGGCGGAGCUCUGUAUCACACUCAUACACACUAUACAUUGUUGUGAGUUUUAUAGUGGCGGAGCUCUGUAUCACACUCAUACACACUAUACAUUGUUGUGAGUUUUAUAGCGGCGGAGCUCUGUAUCACACUCACACACACACUAUACAUUGUUGUGAGUUUUAUAGCGGCGGAGCUCUGUAUCACACUCACACACACUAUACAUUGCUGUGAGUUUUAUAGCGGCGGAGCUCUGUAUCACACUCAUACACACUAUACAUUGUUGUGAGUUUUAUAGCGGCGGAGCUCUGUAUCACACUCAUACACACUACAUUGUUGUGAGUUUUAUAGCGGCGGAGCUCUGUAUCACACUCAUACACACUACAUUGUUGUGAGUUUUAUAGCGGCGGAGCUCUGUAUCACACUCACACACACUAUACAUUGCUGUGAGUUUUAUAGCGGCGGAGCUCUGUAUCACACUCACACUAUACAUUGCUGUGAGUUUUAUAGCGGCGGAGCUCUGUAUCACACUCACACACACUAUACAUUGCUGUGAGUUUUAUAGCGGCGGAGCUCUGUAUCACACUCACACUAUACAUUGCUGUGAGUUUUAUAGCGGCGGAGCUCUGUAUUACACUCAUACACACCAUACAUUGCUGUGAGUUUUAUAGCGGCAGAGCUCUGUAUCACACUCAUACACACUAUACAUUGCUGUGAGUUUUAUAGCGGCGGAGCUAUAUUACUCCUACACAUUUGCUAUAAUUGAAAUGCCUAUAAAGCACUGUGACUUAUUUAAGCACAAUGUGACUGUGGUUAACAAGUGUCCCUGUCUGUUUGCAGGCUGCCCCAGUAAGCUGUACCAUUCUGUGCACACCCAAAUCUUCUCCCUGCCUAGCGAGUGCCUCCUCUACCCUGCUCACGACUAUACAGGUCAGUAUGGGAUACCCUGUUGGUGCCUACACUAGUUAGUAUAUUAUUAAAGUACACAGAAUUUCCUCUAUUUGUUUUGCCUGUUUAAAUAUAUAGUUCAAUACUGUUGCAGCAAGUGACUAUCUAUGGAGCUUUGCCAACUCCACGUAAUGCAGCCACACUCCUCAACUCUAAGGAUAAACCUGCACUCCAAUCUUAUAUGGCUGCAGGGAUGGACUGUCCAAUAUACACACAUACAAGUAUAAAUAGCUGCUUUUUCACUAAACACGGAAUAUUGGAGAACUGAUAAUGGAACUAAAAUUUUAGGCCACAAUAAAUGGGCUAAAAAAUAUCUGAGUUGUAAAAUCGUUCUAAUUUGGCCCACAAUGUGCAUUUUUUUUUUUUUUCGUUUUACUGAAGUUUACUGAAUAACUCGUGUGUGUGUGUGUGUGUGUGUGUGUGUGUGUGUGUAUUAUGUAUAUAGUGUAAAGGGAAUGUGUAGGAAAGCAUGUUUGGCUGUGUGUAUUGUGAGUGUAGGUACUUGUUUAUGCAGGAAUUGACACAUUUGUUUGGAGUCUAUGAGCCAGUUUUUUAAAAUUAAAAAUGUUUAACUUUCAAUGUGAAAAAUGCAAUUCUUAAAGGAACACUAUAGCCACUAUGCUUUAUGUUCUGGUGUCUAUAGCCUGUCCCUGCAGGCUUUUCAAUGUAAAAAAGGGCAGUGUUUACAUUGCUGCUUAGUGACAGUCACUCAGACGACCACUAGAGGGUGCUGGGUCACUGCUGCACGGUGUGUAUCACCCAUGUUCAGCGUCUACAAGCUCUGAAUGCAUUGAUAGAAAUGCAUUGACUCAGUGCAACUCUAUGAGGAGAUACUGAUUGGCACAGUGCAGUGUUUUGUACCUUUUUUUUUUUUUUAACCUUUAAAAAAAAAAAAAAAAAAAAUGUAAUUUCUGGUUUCUCCAUGGCAACCUCUAACUGCAAGCCACAUUUUUUUUCCUUUCACCAUAUAACAGUAAUAGCUUGAUUUGUAUGUGCUGCCCAUUAAUAUGGAUGUGUGUCCAGGAAACAUAGAUUUGUUUUUGGAAUCUGCCCAACCUCUCUGGUUUUUAUUCCCUCUAAUGCUUUUCCUUUUCUCUUCUUUCUCUCCGCAUUCCUGUUUUUGUGUCUGUCUACUACACCUCCAUACCACCGUCUUUCUUCCCCAUACCUUGUGUAGCAUGGCCAAGCUGCAACUAGCGCAAGAGUGGCGAGAAGAUUGAUCCCCAAGCAUAUUUUUGUAUAGGGGUGUAUCUGUAUGUACUGUUGCCAUUGGAAUGCAGUGGUGUACUUGUGUGUAGUGUUUGCGUUUGUAAGUAGUUUUAGCUUUUAAAUGCAGAUGUGCUUUUGUGUGUAGAGUUGGUGUUUUGUAUAUAAUUUUAGUGUUUUAAUACUGGGGUGUGUUAGUAUGUAAUGUUUGCAUUUGCGUGUAGGGGUGCGUUUGUAUGGAGUUGGGGGUUUGUAUGUAAUGUUUUACAUGUUGUGUUGAUGUUUGUUUGCUGUGAUGUAUCUACAUACAUGCAUAGAUACACACACACACACACACACACACACACUCACACCUAGAUAGAAACAUAUAAAAACACGGACACAUACACACAAAUGGACACAAAGAUCUACACACACUGGCACAUACACUCAGAUAUACAUACUGGCACACAGAUAUACUGGCACGCCGAUAUACUACUACAUACACACACUGGAAUGUACACAUGUCAGUAAUUUGUAUAUUUGCAGCCACCCUUCUUUUAGCUUACCUUUUGUCUGCAGGAGGGUGACUUGCUUGGGGUGCUGUUGCCUGAGGAUGACAUGGGCUUUUCAACAACUCUUUCUCUCCCCCACCACCCCCUCCAUACUGAAAUGUUUAUUAUAAGCUAAAAACAUAAUUGGUCUCAAUAAUAAUAAUACUCCUACUUUAAUUUGUUAAAAGUUGGCAUUGUCAGUAGUUGCCGUUACUUGCUAGCACCCUCUAGCUGUAGAAUUAUAUUUAAAACCUAUUCAUUAAAGGGACACUAUAGUCACCCAGACCACCUCAGCUCAAUGAAGUGGUCUGGAUGCCAGGUCCCUCCAGGUUUUAACCCUUCAUAUGUAAACAUAGGGUUAAUCCAGCCUCUAGUGGCUGUCUUCUGGACAGCCACUAGAGGUGCAUCUGCGACGCUGGAGGCGAAUUUCGCCUCCAUCGCGCAGAGCGUCCAUAGGAAAGCAUUGAAAAAAUGCUUUCCUAUGGGCAAUUUGAAUGUGCGCGCGGCACUUGCCGCGCAUGCGCAUUCGGCUCCACUGACGUCGGACGGGGAGGAGAGGUCACAAGCGCCGAGGGAGCCAGGUACUGGAUUAAGGUAAGUGGCUGAAGGGGUUUUAACCCCUUCAGCACCAUGGGAGGGGGACCCUGAGGGUGAGGUCACCCUCAGGGCACUAUAGUGUCAGGAAAACCGCUUUGUUUUCCUGACACUAUAGUGAUCCUUUAACAAUAAUAAAGAGGAUAUUUAGAAACCAUGAUAUAAAUGUUACAAUUACUCUGGUAUUGGUAACAUUGUUACACUAGACUAGUAAUAUGUUAAUCGUAUGAGGCCACAAACAAAUUGUCUCAAUUUAAUAAUAAAGUUCUGCAAUAUUAGUUAGAAUAUACUCUAAUCGUAUGUUAUUCACAUUCAUGAUUACUUUUACUUCCAUUUGUCAAUAGAAAAUCUCAAUUACUGUUACUCACUAGCGCCCUGUAGCCGUUGCACUAUUAUUGAAGCAGAUAUUCAGGAACAAUAACGUUAAAGAUGUUUCUGAACAGAAAUAAUAAUGUUAGAACUGCUCUGGUGCAGGCAACAUUGUUACAGCACACACAAAAAAUAAAUAAAAUUAACCUUCGAAGUAGGGCACAUCGAACUCCAAAUGUAGACCAGCUUGUCUCCUUGCUCAUAGAUUUAAAAUUAAAAUAAAAAAAUCAAUUUAUCCUCUUGGAAACCCAAAUUCUAUUCAUGUCCCCACCUCACAGGAAAGCAUUAAGCGGCUAGUACACAUGCGCGUCAGAAUGCAGCACUGUGCCAUUCAGAUUAUCUCUCUUGGUUGCCUUCUGGUCAAUCAAGGCUUCUAGGGCCAGAUAAUAAAUGUUUAUGCACUACAUGUUCCUUAAAGUGGCACUGUCAUGCCGAAUUUAUCUUUCUCCUAUUGUUUCCUCUUCUCUCUCUGAAUCUCCUUCUUUUUUAAAAAAAAAUUUUUCUGAUCUAAUUUUCUUUAAAACAUAAGACAAAGUAGGGACAAACAACCCUAAACUAUUGACAGCGCAGUUUUGUCCUUUUGAGACUCGUCAGGAUGAUGCAGUUCAGGUACAGUGUUAUGAAUUGCUAAAAAAAAAAAAAGGUGAUCCAAAAUUUAGAACCAUAUAGCAUGGUCUGUUAAUGUGCAAUCCGAAUUCAAGGUUAAUGUAAGAGGAAUUUGAAAUAAGGCAUAAUCUUAAAAGUGGAAAAAUUGCCAUGGAAACCAAUGUAAUACCUUUUUUUUUUUUUUUUAUUCUUUAUUUUUCUUGUGCAUUUGGUUACAUACAUGCUUACAGAUCCACGACAGCGACUGUAAGCUAUUUCAAGACAUAUAGUGGCAUAUCUGAGUGGUUGCACAUUUAAUAUUUGUGGAGUAUAGUAGGCUAACAAUCGUUAAGUUAACUACAUGAAAUAGGUACACAUGUUGUAGCAGGAUAAUUAUAAAAGCCGUACAGUGAACAAUGUGUACUAAAAAUACGCUCCUGACAAUGGCUGUGGAGGGGCCUUAUGAUACCUGGCAUGUGUCAAUCUAGUUAGUGUUGUCUGCUCCGUUAGUGUGUGUGCUGUGGGUUUAAUCCGCCUAUGCUUUAAUGAGUUGUUCUGGGAGGUGUUGGGCUGAGUAAUGUAGUGUAUCAUUCUGCGGUGUUAUCUUCCUUCUGUUAUCGUCAGGUAGCAAUAUAGCUUGGGAGGUAUCUAGGUACUGAGUGUAUUGUAACCCUGUCUGUCUGCCAUUUGGGGUGAUGUGCCGCCUUGUUUCCGCUUAAGGCAGAUGUGGGGGGGGGGUGAGGUAAUUAACCUGGUGGGAAGCGCGUUUGUGUGUGUCUGACAGGUAGAUAGCUAGUAACAUUUACUGGUACAUUAACAAUUAUAAACACAAAGAUAGCAAUAUAAAGUAAAAGUUGGCUGGUAGGCAAAGUAGCAAAAUUAUUUGGAGAAUCGCAAGGAGUUAGUUCCGUAGUGGUGAGAUCAUACAGUCCCAGCAAAUAUCUUGUUGGGAUUUACAAACAUGCCGUUGGAUUUCUCAUGUUGGGUUGUCAGCAUGGGAGCCGUGUCUGCACCGUUGCGGAACGAAAGAUUUCACCCUUUCCGGGUUCCACCUGUGUCGUAGUCUCGGAGGUUGUCGUGGGACGUAUGGCAUCUUGUGGUAGUCCCAGUAUGGGUAGCAAGUCCUGUGCUCCCUGGAGGUCGUGAAUCUCAUGGGUGUUCCCGUCAUGUGUCACCUGCAGGGAGCGGCUGAGGCGCCAACGGUAUGUUAUGCCUUGUUGCUGGAGUAGCGUUGUAAGUGGCUUAGGCUACCGUCUCCAGUCCAAGGUACUUCCGGACAAGUCCGUGAAGGAGAGGGACAUGGCUUCGAAGGAGUACUGGGGUAGGUUUUUGACUGCUGCCAUGGUUGCGGCUCUGUCUUCCUUGCACUGGAAGCGGAGUAUGAUGUCCCUUGAGGCCGCUGGUGGGGCUUUGGUUGGUUUGGGAACUCUGUGGACUCCAUCCAGGCUUAUUGCUUUGGCCUGCCGCGCAUGCAGUGGUGCUGCCAGGAGCCUCUGCGCAAAAUGCGGCAGUUCCUCUACCAGCAUGUCGUCUGGUACUCCCCGUAUCUUUAUAUUAGUUGCUCUACGUGUGUCCUCCAGUGCGGCGAACUGCCGCUCAAAAGCCUCCGUUUUAGCCUGCAGAUCCCUGAUCUCCAGUUGCAUAGCGGCAAUAUGGGUAGCUGUGGUAGCGGAGGUAUCCACCAGGGUACCCAGUCUCCCGGUCAUUCCUUGGAGGCCCGCCAUUUCUGCCUGGAUCGUGGUCUGCAGGCUUGCUAGUAAUGCCUUGAGCACCGCUGUAGUGACUGGUGCAUUAUCAGGGUCUGGUGGUGUGACUUUGGCUGCCGGUGGACUGGGAGAGUGAUGGGUGUCCUCACCUUGGGAGAAGUCGUCCGACAGGUUGGAGUUAGUCUCUGGGUAUUCGGCCAUCUUGGGCCCAGCCGCUUUGUGGGCCUGACGCCACAUGGCUCCGAUAUCGAGGCCAAGUCUGGGCUGGUCAGGCUUUUGCUUUUUGUUUUUCCAUCCCAUGUCGAUUCCGCUGUUAUUGCCUGGGAUUUGUGGCUGUUUUGGUUGUUUUUUUUCCGUUUAGAUUGGGUGUUUUUUAGCUUGAAAUCACAGGAGCUACAGUGCCAUGCGACUUCUCUGCUCUGCAGCUUGGCUCCGCCCCACAAUGUAAUACAUUUUAACACUAUCAGGUUUAUUAGUGAAACUACUAAUUUUUAGCGCUGCAGAGAAAACAGUGUAUACAUUACGGCCUAGGGAUACUUCCACUGGCCACUCCUCAGAUUGUUGCUAUAGGUGCUUCCUGGGGCAGUACUGCAUAGUGUGACUGUCAUUCAGUGUCUACACCCUCCUCGUGAUUCUGUGCAUCUCUGUGAGGAGAUGCUGAUUGGCCAAGGCUGUGUAUGGCUUGUGCUGGCUCUGCCCCUAAUAUGCCUCCUUGACAAGAUCAGCCAAUCCAAUGCUUUCCUUCGGGAGCAGACUGGAGUAAUGGUAAGAUUUUACUAUGGUUGGGGUGGGGGGGGGGGACAGGACUUGUUUUUAACACUAUAUAGUAUUAGGAAAACAUGUUCAGGAAUAUGUGUUUAUUUAAUUUUAUGUUAAUUGUGUGCCUGAAACAUCUGCAAUUAUAAAAUUGAAGUUGAUUGUUUUCUGCAUACACACCUUUACAGGUCAAACAGUGACAACUGUGGAGGAGGAGAAAAAACACAACCCCAGACUGACCAAGAGUGAGGCAGAGUUUGUGAAUAUUAUGAAUAAUCUGAAUUUGAAGAAGCCUGCACAGAUAGGUAAGGUUAUAUACUGCCCCCUACUGGACAGAAGUCACACCAACACCAUAUGUGUCAUUAGAAUUAUAGGUUUCUUUGAACUGAAAAUGAAUAUCAGAAUUUCAAUUGUGCAUAUUUUUGUGUUCCUCAUGUAAUGUGUGGGGGACCCAAAAUUCACUUUGAAUUUCCUGUGGUUGUCUGAAAUUCCACUUGUUUUGUAGUUAAUGCAGUUAGUUCUCAAACACAACAAUACACACCGCACACAAUUUCUGAGCAUAUUUCAAAAGCCCCUGCAUAAAUUGUAUAUAACAUUAAUGUAUUAUGAGGUUUUCUGUCAGUCUAUCUAGUGGGCCUCUCUGUAUGAAUGGAACCCAUGUAAUAUGUACUAUGACCACAAGAUGUCGCUCUAUUACAAUGUUAUUUUGGCGGCUACUUUGUCACAUUUCAUUAUGAUGUGUGGGAAUUAAAACAAUUGAACGUUUUCAAUAACCGAAAUACUGGUGAUUAUAUAUAAAAAGCCUUUGUAUUUCAUGUUUUUCCUAUGUGCACCUAUUUUACUCCCUUACUUGCACCAAAAUAUCAAAAUAUUCCUUACAGCGCAAAUUCUGGUACUUUAAUUUUCGGUUCCGUUUUGUUUUUUCACAAAUGAGUCAUUCCCAAUGUGUAAAAUAAAGUGCAAGAAUGCUUUUUAAAAUGUAUUUAUUUUUUCCCCAAAAAAAAUUUCUGCCCUGCCAGAGUGGUGACUUUUCUGAGAUUAGUAAGGGACUUUCAUUGUCUUUUCCUUAAAAAAAUAAAUAAAUACACAUUUUCUAAAUUACAAUUGUAAUUGGCAGACUGAAGCAUGUUUGUUUGGCGCAUUACUUAAAUCACCAGUUAAGAAAAUGGUGCAAGUGCACAAAACUAGCGUGCCCACAUGAAAUGUAAUGUGACAAUGUUUAUACAUAACUCCCACUGUAUCCAUACAUUAUACCAACUAACCCACACGGCUUGUAAGUUUAAAAACAAUUUAUCGAGCUGCACCUUUUUUCUGCCUUACACACCUGUGGUAGGGAUUCCCAUCUGUUGAUCUAUAAUUCUCAUUAUAUUUACCAUCUACAACUCCCAUAGGGAUAGCCCAUAAACUGUGACAUGAUAAACGAGGGGUAAUUAACGGUUUGUUUUAGAUUUCAUUAUUUAAUCUAAAAACUGGGGUUGGAAAUAAUUUACACACUAAACGCAGCAAGCGUGAUGCCGAUAACUUCCAUUUGAAUGAAUACUAUGGGGGAGAGAUGUCUGUACACAAUUCAUUGUCUUCAUUGUUGAUGUUUAUCAUUUUCGUGGUUUAUAAUUCUGAUUAAAAAAAAAAAUAAACUUGUUUUGUGUGUUUUUUUUUUUUUUGCAUUAUUUAUAGCAAGUAUUUUUCUUUAACCAGAUAUUGCUGUGCCAGCCAACUUGAAAUGUGGCAUUCAGGACUAG